UUAACUCUAUACUUGAAUGGUUUCUCCCCACCUCGGAAAGGAAUGUUGAAUUGAAAAGCCGAGUUGCGCAAUAUUUGGCGACUCCGACAAAGCCCAUUGUUUAGAGGUAAAGAUCUCUCACUACAGCGUAGAUUUGGAGGGAAAUUUAAAGGAAACCCGGGCCGCCAUUUUGGCAUACAAAACGUGUCUGCUUCUCUGUCACUGUUGUGACUUUGAAGAAGUCAACCAGUUUCUAACUAUGGCUCCUGUAGGCUUGUCAGAGACGUGCGUUGCAACGCGAGACGAGAGAGAUACAGUAGAGCCGUCAACUCCAGCACGGCAGUCGGUCGACGUCUGCUUCGACGAACAGAGCAAACGAAUCAAACUCAUAAUCCGGGGGCUCUCUCUGAACAGAGAACGGGUAAGUCCCUGGAACCAAUUCCAGAGCGCUGGCUUGAAACGGAAAGCUACUUCUAGCGAAGAUAGCCACUCGGUUUCCCCAAAGAAGGCUAGGCCCUCACUGGACUCGAACAUUCCCGAUGCCACCACAACACAAUCUAAGGCAGAGAGUGAUUUCUGGGUUCCAGAACUCGGGCUAAGAUGUAGAGAUCGAACCAUUCUGACUGAUGGUGACUGGUUGACGGACAGCCACAUCGUAGCGGCACAGCAACUUCUUCACCGCCAGUUCCCCGGGCUGGAAGGCCUUCAGGAACCCGUGCUGGGCAACGUGCUGCAGUUUAAACCCAUCGUCUCAGACGGCAUUCAGGUGAUCCAGAACGGCAGCAACCACUGGGUGACGCUCCGGAAGCUCGGCAAGAAGGUCAAGGUCAUGGACAGCAAGAACAUGGGCCUAACGCGGCAGCUCACCCACCAGGUCAUCAAUCUGUGCGGCGUUGAUGGUGACGGUGACGGCGAAGCGGCCGGCGGAUCGUCCACACUGGAGGUCCGCCUACCGAGAAUGCACCGGCAGCGCGGCUCCAGCGACUGCGGCGUGUUCGCCCUGGCCUACGCUACCGAGGUGGCUUUCCAGGGGAACCCGGAGCUGGUGGUGUACGAACAGAGGAGAUUGCGCCAGCACCUUCAGGAGUGCUUGGAGUUUAGGGAGAUGAGACCGUUCCCUAAGAAGGCCUGCAAGGAGAGAACGGCCAGGGAGAUCGGGGACAGAAUGCAGAUAGUGCAGAAAAUAAGCCCACGUCUCCCUUAUGCAGAACCUAUCGGCCAUCAGCGUUCCACUUGACAACGCUAAACUGAGUGUUUCGAUUUCCACCGUUAAAGUGACGACGAGAACGCAAUUCGAUUAAUCUGAGUGCAAAAAUUACACCGCCUGUCCACUUACCCACGAUUGGCGUAAUAAAGCCCAGUCCCUCACAUCGAUUUAUCGAUACCAGUAUCGUUUUAUCGAUACCAGUCUUUAGUUGCCGGUAAAAGCGAAACAGAAUGGAAUUUACUGAAAAAUCGAUCGUUUGACAGGGUUACAGAAAAAGAAUAACGCUGGGGUUGGAUAAACAUGGUUAAUUCCAGAGCUACAAUAACUUUAGCCUUCAAGGAGCUCAAAAGAAGCCUUUAGAGAUACAUCUUGUCAACUGAAAAAGUACUGUAAAAUCUGGUGGGUCACUUUAUACCCUAAGCUUACGUACGUCGCGCGAAAUUUCUCAUUGUUUGUGUGUUACUGGCUUCAGCAGACAGGAGGUGCGACCCCGAGAGCGACCCAAACGAAGAACAAGCUUAAAAACGGUGUUUCAUUUUUGGUUUUUAGUGGUUUUGGGGGUUAAUUGCGAAUUUCUCGGGAAUACCCUUUUGUGAACUAUAGGGGUAUUUAACCUCACUGUUAGGAAAAUUGCUAGACUUCCAGCAUUUUGGUGUUGAUGACAGCGUUUCUUAAGUCUCACUAAAAAUGUAAUGGUACUUUGUUAAAAUCAUGUCUUUCCAGUGUGUCUGUGACUGUGUGACUUGCUCUAAGAAGACGUUAGAAGAAUUACUUGUGAUUUAAUACUGUUGAAUUUGGAAUAUAAGCAGGUAAUUAGAAUUGCAAAUAAUAAAACUGACAGCGCAGUCGUCGGAAUAA